GUGUGUUCUGCAACCGGCUGUUGCUUUACCUCCGGCUGACCUCCAGCGUUUGGGAACUGCGCUUGGGAAAACACUAUUUUUUUUCCUCGUCUGCUGCGUCUGUAGCAAAAAAAGAGAGAGAGACAGAAAAGUUGGAGAGGAGAAAGCGACGAGCUAGGGAAGAGAUCGCUCUCGCCCGUGAAGAAGACGGGUUAAGGGAGAGGGAGAAAAAGAAAAGGCGAAAUAUUUUUGCAAAAGAGAUAACAUCGGCAGCUACAGAGAAAUGAACAUGAAGCGGCAAUUUUGGGUGGCGUUCUUCCUGGCGUUCAUUUUGCAGAAUGGAACGUGCAACGGGAUCAAAUGGCUAGCCCUCUUCAAGACUCCCUCGGUUCUAGCCUUGAACCAGACGCAACACUGCAAGCAGCUAGAAGGGCUGGUGGUAUCUCAAGUGCAGCUUUGCCGCAGCAAUCUGGAAUUAAUGCACACCAUUAUUCAGGCUGCCCGGGAGGUGAUCAAGACGUGCCGUAAAGCUUUCUCCGACAUGCGGUGGAAUUGCUCCUCUAUUGAGCUGGCACCAAACUACCUCCUGGAUUUGGAGAGAGGCACCAGGGAGUCAGCUUUUGUGUACGCCCUCUCUGCCGCAGCCAUCAGCCACACCAUCGCCAGAUCGUGCACCACGGGGGACCUCCCUGGCUGCUCCUGUGGUCCCAUCCCAGGUGAGACACCUGGACCUGGGUAUCGCUGGGGAGGAUGUGCUGACAACCUCAACUAUGGUCUUGUCAUGGGGUCCAAAUUUUCAGAUGCUCCCAUGAAGAUGAAAAAAUCAGGAUCACAAGCCAAUAAGCUGAUGCAUCUACACAACAGUGAAGUAGGGAGACAGGUCCUGAAAGCUUCUCUGGAAAUGAAAUGCAAGUGCCAUGGAGUAUCUGGUUCCUGCUCCAUCAAGACUUGCUGGAAGGGGCUUCAGGAGCUGAGAGAUAUUGCCCAGGACUUAAAAAACAAAUACCUUUCAGCUACAAAGGUGGUACAUCGCCCCAUGGGGACACGCAAGCACCUCGUUCCUAAGGAUAUUGAUAUCCGCCCUGUAAAGGAGACAGAAUUGGUUUACUUGCAAAGCUCACCUGACUUCUGCAUGAAGAACGAGAAAGUGGGCUCACACGGGACGCAGGACAGGCAUUGCAACAAAACCUCCAAUGGCAGCGACAGUUGUGACCUCAUGUGCUGUGGCCGUGGCUACAACCCUUACAUGGAUAAAGUGGUGGAGAGAUGCCAUUGCAAAUACCACUGGUGCUGCUACGUCACCUGCAAAAAAUGCGAGAAGACUGUGGAGAAAUACGUGUGCAAAUGAGGCCCUCGCCACGGAGCUCUUCUCUCUGCUGUGCCCACUAACUGAGAAGUCCACAAAGUUUGCCUGUACUAGACAAUGUUUACUUUGGGAGAGAGAGAAAAAAAUCCAGCAGAAAGUGAUUGCAGCAUUUGAAUGCGCACAUUUGUAUGUGUUUCUUUCCCUUUCACUCACAGUGAAAAAGGCAAGACUCGAGCAUCAGGGCUUCAUAUUGGAUAGGAUCUCCCUUGCAGAUACAAACCGAAAGAAAAACAAAACAUUUUCAUGGCUACCAACUGACAUGUGUUUUCAUUGUUACCCAGUUAUUGAGUGCCUGCAGUCUGCAGUGGGGUGGGGGCUUUUUCCUUGGGCAGGGGGAUGAAGAAUACAUGAGCAUAAUACAGGAAAGCCAUUUGUUCCUAUAUUGUAAAGUACGUAAUGUCCCAAAGAGAUCGACAUUCAGUCCUGGACAAAGGAAAUGCUUUUUUCAGCAAUGGUUUGUAAUUCUUUUGGCUUUCUCCCCUCUUUUCCUUAACAACUGCCCCCUUUUUUCAAAUGAUAACAAGAACAAGGUGAUAAAGGAGGAAAGGUUUUUGCCGGAUACAAAACAAUGCAGUUUUCUAUCUUUUUAGAAUGGAUGCUAAAGUCCUAGCCAGGGCUUUUUUCCUGGGGAAAGAAGUGGUGGAACUCAGUGGGUUG